GUAUGUAUAUCAAUGCCUAAAGAAAAUAUGGCGAUAGUAUUUGGUUAGUGUCAUGUUCUGUUGAUUUUACAGAAGGUGUUUGGUGUGUUUAUCGUGCUGAAGAUUGUAAUUAUAAUUUAAAUUUGGAGUAGAACUUAUUAAGACAAUGAGUUUCUUUAGUAAAGUAUUCGGUGGUAAAAAGGAACCGGUGUCUAUGUCGACAGCCGAAGCGAUACAAAAAUUGCGCGAGACGGAGGAUAUGUUGAUAAAAAAGCAGGAUUUUCUCGAAAGUAAAAUAGAGCUUGAAAUUCAAACUGCUAAGAAGAAUGGAACGAAAAACAAACGAGCUGCAAUCCAAGCCCUUAAAAGAAAGAAACGUUAUGAAAAACAGUUACAACAAAUUGAUGGUACACUUACCACGAUUGAAAGUCAAAGGGAAGCACUAGAAUGUGCAAAUACCAAUACUGCUGUACUUACUACAAUGAAAAAUGCAGCAGAUGCAUUAAAAUCUGUCCAUCAACAUAUGGAUGUUGAUCAAGUACAUGAUAUGAUGGAUGACAUAGCUGAACAACAAGAUGUAGCAAGAGAGAUUUCUGAUGCAAUUUCCAAUCCUGUAGCAUUUGGAAAUGAUGUAGAUGAUGAAGAACUAGAAAAAGAAUUGGAAGAGCUUGAACAAGAACAACUUGAUAAAGAAUUGCUUGGUAUUGAAUCUACUGAUGAACUACCAAGUGUUCCAGCUACUGCUAUUCCAAUUGCCCCAACUAGGACUCGCACAAAAGCCAAACCAGAAGAGGAUGAAGAUUUGAAAGAGUUAGAAGCAUGGGCAUCAUAAAGAACAAGUACAUCAUUCCACCCAUUAUUGACAAGGUGGUAAGCAACAGAAUUAGCCACUGUUCCUGCACCCGCAAUGACAAUUUGCGAUUGCGAGGGUAACGUUGUAUGGGGUUGAAAUUGAAAAUUUUGAUGAAAUUUCCUACGACUUUUACUUCUGUCUCUUUGAUUAAGUUUAAAUAUUCCAUUUUUGAAGGUUAUAUCAAUUGAAUAAUUUCUGCAACCUUUCGAGACUACUUUCUGUAAUAAUGUAAUAUAAAUACAUUUUGAAUUCGCGUGUUGCAGCAUUAAAUUACGUGGAAGGUAAUAACUGCGUUACUUGUUCA